AACAAAAAAAAAACAAGGCGAUAAAAAAAAAAAACUGCACCGCCGGUGAAAUUUUCCGUCGAGAAAAUAUCCGAGUUUCGGCGGGAAGAGAAAUUCGAUUCGUGGAUCGAUUGAGAGAAGACAGAAGAAGAGUGCAGCACCGAUCAAUGGUAUUACGCGGCGGCGAGAUGACGACGACGACGACGAGACCUGAGAGAUCUCUCCAUAAUUUCACGCUCCCGAACUUGAGGUGGGGGAGUCAGCGACAUCUCAAGUGCAUGAAGAUCGAAUCCACGAGCAGCGGAAGCGGAAGCGGCGGCGGCGGUUCCGGCGAUCACCGACUACGACGCCGAUCUCCUCCUUUCAAAUUCGCCGGCUCCUCUGUUUCGAUCCCGUUUCGAUUCGGCGUCGAGUCCGAAAAUCGGAGCAGCAAUCGGCUGAGAAACGCAGCGUUCAAAUCGGAGGAAAACGGCGGCGAGGAAGAAGGCAUCGAAGAGUUCAGGGUGAAGAUUAUGUCGGAUCUGAAGACGGAGAGGGUUAAGAUCACACAAUCGAUGUUUAGGAAAGAGGCUAUUAUCGAGGAGCAAGACGAAGAAGAACGGAAAACCGACGAGUCCUCCGGCCAAGAGAAAGAGAUUUCUCCGGUGAAGCCAUGGAAUCUGAGGAAAAGGAGAGCAGCUUGCAAGGAGCCGAUUUCUGGGGAUCAGUUCAACACCAGCUUGAAUCAGAUCAAAAACGGAUUCGCUGCAAUUGAGGAGAGGAUAGUGAAUCAAUCUCCGGCGAGAAAUGAUUCGUCGAGGGUGAAGGAGAAGGGCGGAGUCGUCGAAGCCGAGACGACGGCGAAGGAGAUUGUACGGCCUAAAUUCUCCGUGAAGCUGACGAAGAAGGAAAUCGAAGAGGAUUUCAUGGCGGCUCUAGGUCACCGACCACCGCGCCGGCCGAAGAAGCGGCCGAGGACCGUUCAGAAGAAACUCGAUAACUUGUUUCCUGGGUUUUAUUUGACUGAAGUGACGCUUGACGCAUAUAAGGUCCCAGAGGAAACGAAGAAUAUGCAGAGAUGAUGAUGAAACUUGAAAGGUUGAUGAUUGUUGUGUAAUUCAGUUGCCGUUGAAGUUUCAAAGAAUUGUCGAUAUUUGCAUUGGGUCAAGUCUUGAAGCUCCUUCCUGUUCUGCUAAUUUUCGUUUUCUUAAUUAUUCUUUCCCCAAAUUGUUCUGAAUAAACUGUACAAAAAAGCUAUGGAGGAGAUGUAGGUUCCGGUUGAUUAAUACAUAAUAAUGUUCCAUUUCACAUCAAAUAGAAGCUUUUUUUUUC